UGCUGGUGUCCUCACCUUUAAUCAUCUCCGCCGGCGAGAUGAAUCAAGUGAAAACAAAUUCGCAUUUACAAUCCCUACCUGAAGAGUACCCGUUUAUAUUCUGAAGCUUUAAAUCGGCUUUAAAAUCGUAGCUUAAAGGACAUAACAACAACGCAACACCUGGGAUUUGCAGCCAUAGCUCCGCGAUUCAGAGCCUCUGCUCACCACUAGUAUCCUGAUAGUCAUGCAAGUUUGCAUGGCGCCAUGACUGGGAGCACCGUCACGAAAAGGCCGAUACAGGUGGGAGGACACAAACAAGGAAGAGGUUCAUUAAUAUGUGAUUGGACAAGACAAGCUUUUAACUUGUUCGAAGAAAGUCCCGGAAGAACGGCGGGUUUCGAAAAAUAUUGUAUUAGGCCACGAAAAGGCUUACAGAGAAGACACGUAAAGCACUAUUGUUCCAUUUUAAGUAUCUAUAAAACAACAACAACAACAGCAAUGCUCGGUGGAUUAAUUAUAUCGGCAGUGUUAUCUGCAGCCUGGGCCUUAGAAGUGACCAUUCCAAAGGAUACGUAUGACGCAGCCAGGGGUGGCAAUAUUACCAUUCCCUGCAGCUUCAAGUCCACUGCCACCAAUUUAAAUAACAUGGUCCUCUCUUGGCUUUAUCUCACAAAUGACCCUAAUGGCGAAGAUAAUCAAUUUCUUACAUAUUAUGCCGCUACCAAUCAACUGGAUUUAGCGGAGGAGUAUCAAGGCAGAGCAGGUUUAAAAAGUGCCCCGGUUAGUGGAGAUUCUUCGAUCUACAUCAAUCGACUUACAAUGAGCGACAAUGGGACUUUGGAAUGCAGGCUCCAAAUUCCAGGAGAUAAUAAAGGAAAAAAGGCAGCAAAAGUUAACCUGAUUGUGUUGGUGGCUCCUUCUAAGCCUAUCUGCAAGUUGGAGGGAACACCAGAAUACGGACAGAAUAUUAAGGCGACGUGCUACUCCGAAGAAGGCUCCCCCCAGCCAACAUACAAAUGGCAGAUCUAUGAUGUUCAGAACAGACCAAAGCCAAAUCCUCCGAAAUCAACUGAAGAAAAUGGGAUUCUAAGCCUUGUGAAUGUUUCGAUUGACACGUCUGGAUUCUACGUUUGCACUUCACAAAACCGAAUCAGUUCUGCCAUCUGCAACAUGACUGUAUCGGUGAUGCCUCCCUCUAUGAAUAUCGCCUCCACUGCGGGGAUUAUCGGCGGGGUAGCCGCUGCGCUGCUUCUGGUCGGCGUCUUGGCCUACUGCUGCUGCUGCCGGAAGAAGGAGCAGGCCCAGGAGUACGCCAUGGGGCCGCCGGAAGAAGGGGAAUAUCAUGAUCAGGGAGAAGACAAACAGUCCGCUCACAAUGGGGUGGCGUCCUAUCGUGACGACGUGUCCGACGACGGCGGUGCGCGGCGUGGGCCUCCCAUGGUCCCUCCGAACAAACCUAGGAGAGACGAGUACGAAGACUGAGCUCCGAGAGGCGUCCUUAUUGGAAGAGCUUCCCUAAGGACUGGACGAGUCGAAGCUUUGGCACAGUGCGCUCGUGUCCAGGAGCGAUACUGUGUUAACAAGAUAGUCUAGCAUUUAGUAAAUGAACAUGAAAACCAAUAACAGAAGAGAAGAGGAACAGAACCAUUACUCAGCUUUUAUUCCAUUUUUUUAAACAAGUACUUGGUCAUUAAUCAAUUUCAUGUGUGUAAAUUGCCGCCUGUGUAGUACUGUGAAGGGGAUUCGUUAAUUGUGAAUAUAUAGGUGUUUUAUCUCCUUUAAAUACUUUUGGGGUUUUGUCUGUGCUUUCUUCUUUUAAAAUUAAUGGUUACAUUUUCAUGUACAUAACGUUUUUAUGCACCAGUUUCAAAUGUAAGUCUUUAAUAUGUGACGUUUUUUUUUUCUUUCACCCAAUUCCACUGCCUGAUUAUUAAAUUUUAACUAUGCUUUUCUGUGGUGGACUUUAUAAUAAAAUCUUUAUUGAAUCUAA